AUGAACAAAUCUUCUAUCAUUAACAGAGGGAUGACCCACCGUAGUGACAACGAAAAUAAUGAUCAGAGUGACGAUGGAGCACAAAACCUGAAGGAGAACCAGAAGAAGAGAAAUAAGAGAAGAAAACAUGUGUCUUUUCCCCCUGAUGAGCAGAUCGUAUCUGGCUUUGCUGAGCACAGGAACUCUGCCAUAAAGGAUGACAGCUGCAUCACCUUGACAGAGGUAAUGGUAGCCUACCAGCAGAGCUGCAGCAGACAGAAGGUCCAACCAAGACCACACAUCAUGCAACAGCUCCAGCAGGGUGUAUGUGUAGGUGGCAGUGUGAAAUGUCUGGAUCUCAAAGGUGAGCGAUUAGACCAGCACUCCUGUGAAGCUUUGGAAGUCGUCCUGAAAUCACUGCACUUUGAUUUCAUCAAUCUGCAGGCAGCCCAACUGGAAGAAAAUGAAGCAUCGUCUUUGCUGGAUAUGAUUUUGUACCAUGAAUCUACAACCUAUCUUGACAUUUCUGACAACUGCAGUAUGGGAACAUCUGGUUGGAGGGCCCUCGCUCAUUUGAUAAAGCAGAGUGUGUGUCUGUCCAGACUGGAUAUGUGCAACAUGCCCAUGGUCGACUACCCAGCCCUGUCUCUGUCAAAAGCUCUGCUGACCAGCCGGCUCACAGUGCUGCACCUUCACAAUGCCCAGCUCAGUGGCAUGCCACUAUACACACUGGUUGGUGCACUGAAGAUAAACCGGGCUUUGCAAAACCUCCACCUUACCAACAACUUUUUGAACAGCUACCAGGAUGCUCUGCAGCUCGGAGACCUGCUACGCUACAACACCACUUUACAGACUCUGGAGCUAAGCAACAAUACUGUAGCAGAUGCUGGUCUGGAGGAACUGUGUGAUGGUCUGAGGUGGCAGACAGCAGGUCUGAAGGUCUUACUGCUGAGGAACAACCAGAUCACUGCAGAGGGCAUGGUCCAUCUGGCCAAGACUCUGCCUGUGCUGAAGGUCCUUCAGGUCCUGGAUUUGGCUGAGAACCUCCUGGAGAACGAGGGCAUCCAGGUGAUCAAGACACCUCUCAUGGUGAACUGCUCAGUGUUGCAUCUCGGCUUGGCCCAAGCUAACAUCACCUGUGAAGGUGCUGUGGCAUUGGCCGAGUUCCUUGCAGAGAACCGUCACAUUCAGCGCCUUGACCUCCGUCAGAACAAGUUGAAGGUUGGGGGCCUUAUGGCCUUGUGUCUGUCCCUGAGGAUCAACCAUUCUCUUACUCAUCUGGAUUUGGAUGAUGCAACACCAGAGGAGCAGGAUGAGUUUCUGGUGGAGACUCACAUAAGGCUUCAGUCAGAGAUCACCCAGUGUUGCCUCACCAAUGUCAGGUACUGCGGCCUCACCACAGACACCUCGGAGAAGUCGUCUUCUGAAGGACCAGCUGACAGCACGACAACAGCCUGA